AAAAUGAUAUUCCGAGAAUAAUCAAAACGUUAGCGACUUUUCUAGAGGAAUUUUCUUAACAAAUACUUAGAACUGUUCUUAAAACAAAAUUAUUCAGUGAAAAUGCGUGCUUUCGUCGUUUGCUUAGUGCUGGUUCUCUUAGUGGCGAUGCUGGUCGGCACCAGCGGUAAUCCCAUCGGCGAUAAUACUGUGCUCACUUUAGAGACAGCCGAACAACCGUUAACUUUGUUCGAUGUCGACGCGCAGCAAAGACAUGAGAACGAAGGCGAUCGUUUGGCGCGGGCCUACGGUGGCUACGGUGGCUACCGUGGUGGUUAUGGUGGUUAUCGUGGCGGUUAUGGUGGAUAUCGUGGCGGAUAUGGUGGAUAUCGUGGCGGAUAUGGUGGAUAUCGUGGCGGAUAUGGCGGUCGUCGUGGUGGUUAUUAUGGUUAAAAGGAGUAUAAAUAUACGAAAAACUAUAAUAAAUCUUUAAUUUAAAUUGUGAAAUUAAAACUAUUAUUUGCCAUACUACAAGAAUAAAAUUUUAAAAAAAUUAUUACAAUAA